AUGCCAGCCUCAUGUCAGAGCCUGGCAGGGCAGGAGGGAGAGUGGAGGAGGGCUAACAGACCCACAUCGCUGCCUAUGUCCGGCACCACGGAGGAUAGGCAGCAGAAGAUGGACGGCCCUGCCAGGAGACAUGGAGAGUCACAUGCUCUUAAGGUGGAUGAAAGACUGCGUCUAGCUCGAGAGAGGAGAGAAGAAUACCAGAAACAGCUCGCUUCACGGGAGCAGGGCUGGCUAGCUCGGGAGGAACGCGCCAGACGAUACUAUGAGAAACACCUGGAGGAGCGUCGUAGGAAACUGGAGGAGCAGAGAUUGAGGGAGGAGAGGAGGAGAAUGGCAGUGGAGGAGAAACGCAAGCAGAGACUAAAAGAAGAGAGAGAGCGUUAUGAAUCCGUGGUCCUUAAAACCAUGGAGAGGAGUCAGAAAGCCAAGCAAAGAUCUGUCCACUCUUCUCACAGAGGAAACAGGCUUUGCCGCACACUAGCUUCACGUCGUACUUUGACUAAGUGGGAGAGAAACCUGAUCAGUCGUCUUCAGACUCCCACUGUCUCUUUCUUAGCCAGGAGCAGAAGUGUUGCUUGCCUCUCACGAGAAGCAGUUGUUCAUGUCUGUCCCCGUUCAGCCUCAUGCCAUUCUGUGAGCUCUAACAUUACACAAAAGCACCGUUCCAGCCCAGGUCAGCAACGGCCUACAGGUGCCUCCAAUCUGAGCGGUGACAAGCACCAAAGGGGAAACAGAGCCGCCAAUGGGCAACCGUUGUCUCUAGGCAGCCUAGAGAGAAGAGACUUGAAGAAGCUGCAACCUCAGACAGCUAAUGCCAAAGUCAGGCCAGCUUCAAAAUCGCAGAACAGAAGAGCAUUACCGCCCCAGGGGCCUCAAAGCAAUCCACCUCUCAGACAGUCUACCAACCCAGAGGUUAUGGCGCCUCUCCCAGAGGAGGAGAACCCAGUGCCAGAGCGAAUGGUCUCCUCCAGUAUCUCACAGACUAAGGAGUCAGCAUCUCCUCCACGAGGGAACAACAGAAUCCACCCAAACCCAGACCCUCCAGAGCCUCAUAAAAUACCUACAUUCUCCUCUCAGACAGUCAAUGGGUCCUGUCAACACUCCCCAGGGGAAAUGAACAGACCCUCCGCGGGCACGACCGAUCCCGAGGAGGCCACACGGCUGCUGGCGGAGAAGAGACGACAGGCCCGACAGCAGAGGGAGAGGGAGGAGGAGGAGCGCAGACAGAGGGAGGAGACAGAGAGGCGAAGGAGAGAGGAGCUGGCACGCCGAAGAGCGGAGGAGCGAGCUCGUCUGGAGGCAGAGGCCCAGCUGCUGGAGGAGAAGAAGAGGAAAGAUGAGGAAGAGCAGAGACAGACUGAAGAAGAGAUUGCCAGUAGACAGAGAGAAGAAGACAGGAGGCUCCAGCAGCAGCGGGAGGAAGAAGAGGCUCGUCAGAAGCUAAUAGCAGAGCAACAGAGACUAGAGAGAGAGAAACACUUUCAGAGAGAAGAGGCCGAACGACAGGAGAGGAAAAAGCGCCUGGAGGAAAUCAUGAAAAGAACCAGGAAAAUUGAUCCUGCAGAUAUGAAAUCUGCUCCACCCAGUAGCACCGCAAACCAUACCCUCUCCAAUGAGAACGCCGUACCCACACAGAACGGGCCCUUAGAGGACGUGAUUGGCUUGCCAGGCAAAAACAACAGCUCUAAACUAUGCUUCGCUGAUGGAGAGGACAUGGUUCCAACUGUGGCCUUUAAAGAACGCAGGUCCCUCCGUACUCUUGCGGGCCUAGAUGACAUCCAGGCUCAUCAGAGAGCAGGUGAGCUUUCACAUCCACCCUCAAUAAUGCACUCUGCCAGACCAAGCAUGCCAUAA